GUGGGGGAAUAUCUAGCUGAAUUUUUUGUGGACAAUGUUGGGGAUCAUCAACGUUGGGUCCUUUUCAUGUGGUUUCUGAUGUGCUUGAUUCUACUGAAAGAAUUUUUAUGUCGAUUUUUUUCAAGAACUCAAAGAUUAUAUCUAUCGGGAAGCUUUGUGAGACGUGAUCUCUGUUUCUGUCUUGCUCCGCCGGCGAUUGCUGCUUUCUUUAACCUACCUUAAUGGCCCUGUUCUUACAGGCUAGACUAUCCACCUCCGGCAAACGUGGUGUGGAUUAGAUAGGGAACAAUGAAGUGGAAAAUGGAAAUGGAAGAGACAGUUACACCUGACCGCCAACAGAAUGAAGCCCAAACAUUUGAUGCUCACUGGAAAGAAGAUCGUGGAAAAGACAAUCUAACUUCCUACAUUUCAGGCAAAUCAGGCCCUUGUUUAUAUCGAACACACAUGCUCUGCAUGAGCCUUCAACACAGCUGCUACUGAAUACUUACAAAGGAAGCAAAUGAAGUGAAUAAUCACUCAGUGAUGAAAAAAUCUGCAGUCACAUCUGAAGGGAUUUUUGUCUCAUUUACAACAGGUGGCAAUGGAGAUGGCAGGCUCGAUAUUGACUCAUUUCAUUUGUUUAGUUUUUGAUGUGUUCCUAAAAAACUUGGGAAUGCUAAUGGUAAGAUAUAUGUGGGUGCUAGGAGAUUGUCAAAGUCGCGCGACCACUUUCAGCGCUUUUGGUCUUCGACUGGACAGGACUGACUGCGACGCCUGUCACUGUCAACCCCUGUCACUGUCAGUGGCGUAUAAAAAACGGCGUUUCAUCAGACACCAACCCACAGCAUCGCCCUUUCUCGUUCUCCGCCGCUGCCGCUGCCUGUGUUCUCUGUGCCCUACCCAGCUUAGAAUGGCAUCGUUCGCACCGUCUGGACCAUCCACCUCCGGCAGGCGAGUCAGGGAGGCGGAUACCGGAGACGAAAGAGCUCCAAGUCGCCGGAGAAGCGGAGGAAGCGACAUAACUCAAGUGGAAGAUCGUAUGGGAAUGAUACAUUCAAGCGCUGCGUUACAAGGACGAUGUUUUACUGGAAUCCCUACAACAUGUGGUGAUGUUGACAACAUGCACGCUUCAACAUCAGAAAGUUAUUGCACCGACAUGGAAGCUCGAGAAAGUGCAAGGUCACCUAGUCUAGAGCUAUGGUUGAGAGACUCGACAGGUGUCUCUAGCUCUACCACUGUAACCGGCACAGGCAGCAGCACCAGCACCGGAACCUGCACGAAGCUGCCCAUUCCCUGCGAUUUUCAUGCCAAAGGGUGGUGUAUUCGCGGGGAAUCAUGCAGGUUCCUUCAUUCUGAUCAAAGGCUGGGGGGCGGGUCUGUGGCAGCUUCAAGCAACUCCGAGCUCAGCUUAUUCAGAAGUAAUAUCAGAAUCGAUCCAGAGUCCUUUUCUUUUCUGCAAGAAAAUUUGGACAAAAGCUUUCCCGACCAUGGCUUGUCCGCCAGGAGUGGUUCACAAAGUCAGAGGUUUGAUCUGAAGGUCGAUGACUCUGGAGGGAAGGAUGGGACUGGUGCUGAUGCUUCAGGCAUAAAAGCACCGAAAGAUUUUGAAAAUGCACUCAUUGUGCAUGUGAAAGAAUUGCUGGAACCUGCAUGGGCGAACGGCUAUUUGAGGAAGGAUGAUUUCAAAGAAAUUGUGAAGAAGUCAGUUGAUAAGGUGCUUUGCUCCUUCCAGCCUCUCAAUGCCCCUAUGCCUAGCACAAGUGAGGAAAUUAAGGCAUUUAUUUCCUCAUCUGAAGCCAAAACUAACAAGCUAGUGCAGGGGUACAUUGAUAUUUAUCGGAAAUCAUGAGAUUGCUGGGCUACAAGCUUGUCAAUUUUAGUACCUAUUGCAAAGAUGAAUUCAACCUGGCUGGACUUUUAUAGAAAACUUAAUUGAGAGCUGAAAUGAUGAAAAUGAGGAAAAUGAUUUCUUGGUGCUGUGUGGUUUCCUCAAUGCGAAGCAUGUGGUUCCAGUUGAUCUUUGUGAAGAGGUGCAUUCAAUCUGUACAAGUUUUGGCCUUUAUUGGAUUCUUUAAGGUUUGGUUGCUUAACUAUUGAUCUUCUGGCAUGGCCGCAAAUAGGUUGGAACAUCUGAAUUCUGACAUGGGCUCUUGUUGCUGCUCCUGGAUCCAAACUGAACAGGAAUGAAAAAUCGGAACACAUCUUGUCGGACUGGAGCAUUUAUCCAAGGUACUUGUUCUCAGUUCUUUUAUAUAUCUGCAGCCUGAGAUUCCUGCUGGAUGCUAUUUGGACAUCCUGGUUUGGAUCAUCGGAAUCUUGUAUCUUCGGGCGAUUCGGUAAUGCUUUACUUUUCUUUAUAUAUAUAUAUAUAUAUAUAUAUUCCCCACCCCUCCAUAUAUAUAUAUAUAUAUUUCGUCCAGCGUGGGAACAGCAGGUAAGCAAAAAUCUAUUUACUGUCACAGUCCGCACACAGAAUCGACUCUUUCACAUAUGUGCAGGAUUUUAAGUAUAGAGCUUUGUGAAUAUUCCUGUUUUGGAUUAGAUGAUUUUUGCACUGUAUGAAAGAUUCUGUGACAGAUGAGGAAAAAAAGUGCGAGAAAAAUGAGUUGCAGAAAUGAAUGCCUGUCAGUAUUGAUGCGUACGAGGCUGAUGAUGUGGGGUAUAGAGUUGUUGGGUUGUUGGGUUUGGGCGUUAGCGGCGGAUUUCACGAUGCAAGACCUUUCGGUUAAUGGCUCUUCAUUUUUGUGGCCGCCGUGAAGAGGCGGCCGCCGCCGGGGCCUGGUGGCAAGGGAAGGACAACAUCGGACCUCACCGCUGCACACUUAACACAGACGUCUGUGACUGCACUGUCUGUGGUGCGAGCAAUGAAUAAAUGCCUUGCUGGAAGUAUCUUGAAGCGAAAUGGAGUGCUGUUUAGAUGAACCCACAUGAAAUACAUGAGUUUGAUAUAUAUCAAAUGGAAGAGCAUAUCAUUCAAGCACUGCUGUUCAGUUUUAAGUACAGCAGAUUGUCAAAGUUGUGCGAUCCCUUUCAUCGCUUUUUGAUCUCGUACUAUUCGACUGGACAGGACUGACUGUGACCGACUGCGACGCCUGUCACUGUCAGUGUCUGUAAGAGUAUAAAAAAGGCGUUUCAUCAGACACCAACCCACAGCAUCACUCCUUCAUCUUUCUCCGCCGCUGCCGCUGCCUGUGUUUCUCUGUGCCUGACCCACCUUCGAAUGGCUUCGUUUGCACCGUCUGGACCAUCCACCUCCGGCAGGCGUGUCAGGGAGGCGGAUACCGGAGACGAAAGAGAUCCAAGUCGCGAGAUAAGUGGAGGAAUUGGAAUUGCUGGAACCUGCAUGGGAAAAAGGCAUUUUGAGGAAGGAUGACUUCAAAACAAUUGUAAGGAAGUCAUUUGAAAAGGUGCUUCGCUCCUUCCAGCCUCUCAAUGUCCCUAUGCCCAGCACAAGCGAGGAAAUUAAGUCAUUUAUUUCCAAAUCUGAAGCCUAACCAACAAGCUUGUGCAGGGGUACAUUAAUAUUUAUCGAAAAUCUUGAGAUUGCUGGGCCACAAGCUUGUCAAUUUUAGUACCUGUUGCAAACUUCAAGUGACUCUGGAGUUCAUCUUAUUCACAAUUAAUAUCAGGUAUUUUCUUCCUUCAGAAAUGUCUCUUUCAUUGUGAAAAGGCACGGCAAUCACAACAAGGUGACUUAAAUGCUAUUUUGGUACCAUGUUCUUUUCUUGCAUCCUAGAAUGCAGUUUUUGCCUUUAUUGUAACUUUGAAGGUUUGAGUGCUUCACAUUUGAUCUUCCAGCAUGAACUCAAAAUAGGUGAUUUUGAAGAAAAUAAAUAACUAUGUCAAUAUUUGGGAAUUCGAUGUUGGGUACUGACUGUUAUUGUUUCUUUUGCCUGUGGGCGCCCUCUUAACAUUGGCUUAUCAGUUAAAAACUCCCCACCUUGGGAACCUUUUCUGGAACCUAGGCUGGACCGUCUGAAUUCAGACAUGGGCUGUACUUCUUCACUUCAGAUCCUAUUUCUCUAAAACUGUACUCAAAUGAGUGCUCCUGGAUCCAAACAGUGCCCGAAAAUGAAAUCGCCCCACUUGAUGAAAAAUCUACUCUUACCACAGAGCAUUUCCCCCAGGUACUCUUUACUUUUGUAUCUGCAGCUUGAGAUUCCGGGCUGGAUGCUAUUUGGACAUCCUAGUUUGGCUCAUCGGAAUCUGUAGCUGUCUAUGUUUAGCUUUCCCAGCUGGUGCAUCUUCAGUCUAUGCGGUAAUCCUUUCAUUUACAUAAGUUAACCCCAUCCCAUAUAUCGAUUGAAAUUUCGUCCAGCGUGAUAACAUCAGGUAAGCAAAAAUCUCUAACUGUUACAGUCGCCAGGGCAGCUUCUGGUUCUUACAAAUAUUCUACAGAAUUGACAUUUUCACAUGUGUGCAGGAUUGAAGUAUAGAGCUCUUGUGAAUAUUGUUUCCUGUAUUGAAUUAAAUAACCUUUGCAGUUUAUUUGAGAUUCUGUGACAGGUGAGGAAAAAAGUGCGAGAAGAAUGAGCUGCAGAAAUGAGCGACUGUAUUGAUGUGUACGAGGCUGAUUCCACGGAGGUUUAUUUUGUUCGACAUUUAUUUGGGUCUAGACUUCUUAUUAAUUUGAAUAUUCCUAAAUCAGUGUUAUGUCAUGUAAUAAAAGAACAAUUUACAUCCAAGAUUGAGUAUCCCCUGGCA